UUCAGGAUGAUUAACAAAAGGCUUCAUUGUUGAUUAAUUUAUGUUCACCUUCAGGGCUAUAACUAUGCAUUCUCAUCACAUCUUCAUGCCCAACCAGCCAGCCACCUACCUUGAAAGGGAAAAAGCUUGGCAACAAAAGCAUGAACUACUAACAUGGUGGCUAUAUAUGAGAUAACAUUCCAUUCAUUCCUCAUAAACACUAGAGAUGGCUCCUUGGUUUCAAUGGUUUGUGCUCCUUCUUCUUACACUCCUUUCAGUUGUUGAAUGCGAAUCUCAGCCCACAAAUUCAUUCAACCAAACUGACCUGCAAGCAGCCAUGUCGGACAUGAGAAGUAGAUCUUACUAUGGAUUUGUCAUCCUCCUCAAAAUCCUCAACAGCCAACCCAACUCACUUCAAAACAAUGAUCUCACAUUCCUAAUGCCAAGUGAUGAACAACUAUCUCAGUUCUCAAUAACCCCAGAUGAACUCCAUGAUUUCCUACUCAGCCAUUCUAUCCCAACACCAUUACUGCUCAAUCAUCUGUUGCAUUUCCCAAAUGGCUCUAUGGUUCCCUCUAGCAUUCCAAGCAGGGUGAUUAGCAUCACCAACAGUGGGAGGUCAGGCUUGUUUGUCAACAAUGCAAGGAUUGUCACACCAAAUGUGUGCCAAACCUCUUCAAUAAGGUGCCAUGGAAUCAGUGCUGCUUUGACAUUUGGCAGCAAUGUUCCUUCUCAUCAUGCUCCAGAACGUAAGGAUCCCCCAAAGAACAGUGAUGUGAGGAACCCAGUCCCAUCUGUCAAAAAGACUAGUAUCCCACGUUUCUUGUAA